AUGGCCAAGUCCAAGGCUGCUAAGCGCAAGCGCAAUGCGCAGGUCGACCUCCCGCAAAAACUCCCCAAGGCCGAUUCCACCCUCACGCCGCCUCCUGAUGGCACAACUCUGGAACCCAAACACCUCAACACGGUUGUCCCGGAGGAAGACCUCGAAAUCACCAUUGAGACACUCACGGCCCUCACCCAAUAUCCGAACCUUACCAAGUCGAAGGCAUGCAAGGACCUCCGAGGUGCAGUCUACGAUUUCCGUCAGGCCUGCACCACGGGCGUCAAUUCUGCCGAGGGCGCAAACUUGACUGCACGAAUCACCGGUGCCUUGACCGACAAGAAGUUCCUCGAUGCCAGAAUUCUGCUUGCGGAGAUGAGGAUCAGACGCGAGCAACCCAAGAUUGGAGCUUUAUGCCGUUGGGUCCGUGAUUUGGACGUUGUGAGCGGUCUUUCAACGCAGCCCGGCGCAAAUCAUGUUCCGAAACGCAGCGCGGAAGACUUGGACCUCCUUGGUGUCCUCGAUGCUGUCCUUCGUGUCAGCACUCCAAUCGAUAGCUUGAACGCUGCCGACUCGCCUGGACCCAUUGCCUUCCAAUCUAUCUGGGAUCUUCGUCCUUCGUCAGAGCCCCUCCAGAUCUAUGCCUCGGUUCUCGAUAAAUCAAUCCUGGAACACGCACCAAAAUCCCCUACCGCCCUCCGUGUCAUCGAAACAACCCCCGGACCCAUGCGCAAGCCUCCCAACCACCACCCUGCCCUUCUAUAUACCACCGCUCCCAACGCGGUCCCUCUCAACCCAGUCGCCCCAUCUAUAACAUACAACCCCCACCCCGCCGUGCCUGGGCUCGGUAUGGCCAUGAAUGUACUCUCUCCCACAGAGUGCAGAGCCAUCAUCGCAGCUGGCGAAUCCGUCAACUUCGUCCCCGAUGUCCCCCUCCGCGAAGACGGUGAUAUGAGUGUUUUGGCACACAACUUCUACUGGGUCAUUGACACCACAUUCCACGAUAUACUUUGGUCGAGAAUCUCCCCAUAUGUCCCGCAGUCCAUCAACGGUCGCAUGGUACGGGGCGUCAACCGACGCUUCCGCGUUUAUAGAUACGUGCCCGGUGCCGAGUAUCGAUGCCACAUCGAUGGUGCUUGGCCGCCAUCUGGUAUUUUGCCUGAUGACACAUACGUGUAUGACUCCUCGCCUGAAGAUAACAGGCAGAGCUCCAUGUAUACCUUUUUGUUAUACUUGAACGAUGAGUUCGAGGGCGGAGAGACCACAUUCUUCAUGCCUGCAGCACGGGAGGGUACGCUCAAUGCGUACCCCGUGCGCCCGGUGAUGGGAGCUGUGGCCAUCUUCCCUCAUGGAGAAGCAAAUGGGGCCUUGUUGCACGAGGGAACUGGUGUAAGGAAGGGGGCGAAGUAUAUUAUUCGAACUGACGUAGAGUACGAUGUAAAGCCACAAGAGUAA